UUAACACCCAGACAAGAACGACCGUACAAGCGACUAAAAACUACGUAUGUCAACGUAUAUCAACUGGAGCAAACUACGUAUAUCAACUGGAACCACAAGGAACGCAGUGAUUCUGACCUUGUCCAUGGAGAGGGGGCAAUAGGAGCUGUUUCCGUCAUGUUAAACCGGUCCCACGAGGCUGAAGAUGUGGAACAGGAAAAGCAGCAAGUGUACACCUGGAUGUAUGGCAGUAGUCGUGCGAUUCCAGAUUGUUUGAAAUAAUGAAGUAUUCAUACACCGCAUCCGUCUAAUACAUGUAGAAUAUAUGCUUAUUCGUCUGAUAAAUAUAAUGCAGAGCUCGAAUAUACGGUGUAUAAGCCUAAACGCAUUUAAUAAACACUCAAGUACUAUUUCUAUUUAUCAUACUUCAUGAAAACAAGUGAUUCCUCUUUCGCAAUGAAAGUAACUGAAGAAAAUCUGCCUCAGGUAAAAUACUCAUUACAAACUCUUAAAAUGGAUAAAAAUCGUUAUAUAAAGCGUACAUUACAGAUGUUAGAGCCAAGUGUGUUAAAUGAUCGUCACUCAAAAUCAACAAAUGUAUUUCGUAUAAAUUUUCAUUGGUGGAUAAUACU